AUGAGGUUGCCAACAUUCGACGGGAAAAUAGAAGAAUGGGCCUCUUACUUUGACAGCUUCUCUUCUAUGAUAGAUCAAAACACAGAUUUAACACUCGUUCAGAAACUCCAAUAUCUAAGAUCGACAUUAACGGGAAGGGCCGCCGCGUGCAUCCAGUGUCUUAGCACUACAGAUGCUAAUUACGUAGGCGCGAUAGAACUUUUGAAGGAGAAGUUCGAUUGCAAGCGGCGAAUUCUGUUAAAACAUUGUGACGGAAUUUUAGCGGUUCCAAAAUUGACAAAAGACACCCCGACAGCAUUAGGAGAACUAGUAGACACUGUCCGCCAAAACCUACGGUCUUUAAAAAAUUUACAAGUAGAUACAACAUCUUGGGAUUGCAUUUUGAUAGCCAUAAUCCUUUCAAAAAUAAGUGCUGACACCGCAUGGCACUAG